UAUCCUCCACAAUAACACACUUCACUUUCCACACUCAUUUUUUUCACUUCACUAACAAAAUGCAGCCGACACUCUCACGCGCCGUCGUGUUUCUCAUAUUCUCUGCCGCGGCUUAUUUCCCACUGGCGGAUGCAGCAUUUCCAGGCGAAGUUCAAACGUUCCGAGAAGCACCAGCAUUCCGCAACGGACGUGAAUGUCCACCACGUGAAACCUCAUCCAUCAUCCACAUUGCAAUGACACUCGACGCAACCUACCUCCGUGGUUCAACCGCCGGAGUCUUCUCCGUCCUUCAACACGCAUCCUGUCCAGAAAACAUCGCUUUCCACUUCGUCACAACCACACACCGUCGACGUCAAGAGCUCCGUCGCAUCAUCAUUUCAACUUUCCCUUACCUCAACUUCCACAUCUACCACUUCGAUUCAAAUCUCGUUCGCGGAAAGAUCUCUUACUCAAUCCGCCGCGCACUCGAUCAACCACUCAAUUACGCGCGUAUGUACCUCGCCGAUCUAGUUCCGGCAACCGCUCAGCGAAUCAUCUACUUCGAUUCCGAUCUCAUCGUCGUUGAUGACGUGGCAAAACUAUGGAGCAUCGAUUUAGGAAAUCAUGUCCUCGGUGCGCCGGAGUAUUGUCACGCGAACUUCACUACCUACUUCACGCAUCGGUUCUGGUCGAAUCCGAGUUACUCGGCGUCGUUUAAGGGACGCGAAGCGUGUUACUUUAACACUGGAGUGAUGGUGAUUGAUUUAUGGAAAUGGCGUGAAGGGAAAUACACGGAGAAGCUUGAGAAUUGGAUGCGGAUUCAGAAACGGAGUCGGAUCUAUGAGCUUGGAUCUCUUCCGCCGUUUCUUUUGGUUUUCGCCGGUGAUGUUGAGAGAGUGGAGCAUAGAUGGAAUCAGCAUGGGUUAGGUGGUGAUAAUGUGGAAGGUCUUUGCCGUGAUUUGCAUCCUGGUCCGGUGAGUCUUUUGCAUUGGAGUGGGAAAGGGAAGCCUUGGCUUAGAAUUGAUUCCAAGAAGCCGUGUCCGUUGGAUAGUUUAUGGGCUCCUUAUGAUCUCUUUCGCCAUUCUUCGCCUUCGCUUUUCAAUGAUUCCUAAAUUCGGGUUUGAGGGUUGUUGCUGAAAUGCUCCCCACUCGUUCGACCAAAGUGUUAACGAAAUGGUUCGUCAAUUUUGCAUCAAUUGCAACUCAAUUGUUUAAGAGAUUAAUAGUGUUCCUGUAUUGUAUAUAAAUGGAAUUGAAUUGAAUGGUGUAAAACCUCCAUAGAGAUGAGUUCGAUGGCUACUUAAUCUUGUUGAUCAUUCAUCAUAAACCUCCAUGAUGAUCUGCAUGGCAUGGGAGGAAGCUGAUAGCCAAGUGAAGAAGAGGGAUAGGAAGCUGGUAUUUUCUUGUAUAGAUGUAGAUUAGGCAUUUUGAUGACCGGUUCCUGUUCUUUUUCGCCAUGGCUAUUGGUGCUAUUGUUUCUUUAUGGAUUUGUGAUUUUUUUUUUUAUAUUUGAAUAUGAAGAUUAUUAAUCCGUGGCAUUUUUCUUGUCAAUUAUUGAUGCUUUCUAAA